AUGGGCGGCACCCCUUACAAAGGCCAGUGGAGGCCGCUCGCCUGGUUUUCCCCACGAUACGUGGUGCCGCAACAAGUUGGAUGCAGGAGAGCUCCCGGCACGACUUCGGAGGGGUGGCGAGUACUUUGCUGGAACUCCGGGGGGCUCACCAAAGAGGUGUACCAAGAAUUGGAAACAUACGUCAGAUUGGGUAUGUACCACAUUGUUCUGAUCCAGGAAACGAAGUGGCGACACACAUCAAUGUGGAGCGGGCGCGACUAUGUUUGUGUGCACAGCCAAGGGCAGUCUAAAGCUGACUCGGUCUCAGGUCUGCUAACCAUGGUCUCCACUUCGAUAGUCACUGCCUCAGAUCUCCAAUAUCUUGAAAUACACCCCGGCCGCCUCCUUCAUAUCAGAAUUCCCCGAGGGCAGUCUCAUGUGGACAUCGUGAACCUCUAUCAGUAUGCCGCAACAGACUCGGAGGGAGUGUACGAACGACGCAUGGGACUACUAACCAAGCUUCAGAAGUGCGUCGCAGGUCUACCCAGGAGGAACUCGGUUGUACUGGGAGGCGACUUCAAUUGUCCACUUGAGCCUCAUCCACCGCAGUGCGGGCAUUGUGUUCUCCCACAUAAUCCCACAAGAUACAAGGACUAUCGCGACCACCAGAACGUUGUUCAGACCUUGAACCUUGUUGCCCUCAAUACAUGGUGCAAGCCCCAACAUGGACAGCUAGCCACGUUCACUUUUGGACGUCUGGCCUCGCAAAUCGACUACUUGAUGGUCAGGUCACGACAGGCCAGCGCUGAAGCCAGGCGAGCCCAAAUCAUAGACCAAUUCCCUGUAGCGGCUUGGCGAGAGGGCGCAAAUCAUCACCCGGUAGAGGCUCGCAUCCCGGUGCCAAGACUGGUGCCCACAUCUCAGCCUCAACCACCAUUAGUCGUUCGGUUCGAUCAGGAUGCUUUGCUGCAUGAUGUGCAACAGGUAGAAGCCACACCCUCCCUGCAAGCGAUGCGCGACGAGGUGUCGCGAACCGUACAAGGAGUCGACAACGUCAAUGUCGCCCUGUUGCAGGCGGCGAACAAGUACUACCCGCUCCCACCCCAACCUCAGCGACAGCCAGAUCAGCCAGAGGAGCUCGCAAACUCAGCAAAGCAUAUGUGGGCCUUACAUCGCGCAAUGAAGGCGCAACAGCGGACGGCCAAGGGCAUUGUGACGGCCUGGCACAUGUGGGCGAGAUUCCAACAGGCUCAUCGGAUACACAAACAACGGUCAAGGCAGCGCACCAAAGUUAAACGAGAUUCUCUUCUUGAACAGGCUCAGCAGGCGGCACUCGCGGGCAACACCUUUGGACUGUGGCGGGUAGUCAGACAGCUGGCGCCCAAGAUGCCGAGGAAGCGUGUGCAGUUGCACAGGGAAGGCCGCAUACUUAGCACCCAGGAAGAACUGGACUGGAUUCUUCAGGCCUAUGGAGAACGGUACGGCGCCAAUUUGGUGUCUCCGACAUUCAGCUGCACAGGCGAAUCCUCUCAGCAACACGUCACCAUUCAGGAGGCAGACCUUGUGCAUCAGUUGCAGACACUCAAUCCGCGCAAGGCCGUUCCACGAGGAACUGCACCUUCUGUGCUGUGGAAAGCCUGCUGUCGACAGGUAGUGCCCUCGGUUGUGGCAGCAAUUAAUCGGCAGUGGCGCCGAGAGUCCCCGGAAAUCCCUCAACACUGGGCCGACGCGACAGUUGCUUUGCUUCCCAAACCACAUGGGCGAUCUCGCUCGCCAUUGGAUUGGAGACCGAUAGGCCUACAAGACCCGCUCGGAAAGAGCGUCAUGGCUUUGGUCCUGAAACAGGCGCGGAACGAAAUCAUUCGACUCAUCCGGCGGUUUCCUCAAACAGCUUACGUUCCGGGUCGCAGCACCACUACAGCCCUAUGUCAGGUGUUCCAGCACUGCUCCGAGAUCCGAGAGCUCAGUCGCGGCGAGCGACUUACGGUGCACCAAAGAUAUGAAGGUGAAACGCAGCAGCCGUGCUGCGGGGGCUUACAAAUAAGCAUGGAUCUCUCCGCGGCGUUUGACUUGGCCAGGUGGGAGCACAUCAAGACUGCUCUGGACCUUGCGGGAACUCCGCUUCACCUACAAGAAGUUCUACUCCGGUGGCUCACUCAGGUCAAAUACAUCUUUCAUCAUCGAGACUGUUCGGGGAAGAUUCACCCCAAGUGGGGCCUCAGGCAGGGAUGUACCGCUUCACCUAUUCUGUGGUCAGCAUUCACGGCACUUCUUUGUGUGACGUUGGAAGAUAGGUUGGGUGAACAUUGGACCAGACAGCAUGCCACCUUGUACGCAGAUGACAGUCACCUUCGGUGGAAAUUCUUGUCAUAUCCUCAGUUCGAGCGCACCAUGCAAGAAGUGAAGAUAGCUUUCAGCGUCUUCAGGUCCUUCCACAUGAAACUCAAUGUCGAAAAGACCAAGGCCAUCAUCAAAGUUGUCGGUACUAUGCGAUCCAAAAUACACAAGGAACACAUCCGAAAAAUUCGCAGUGCUGACAACGAGGAGGACGGGCUUGACAAACAACGGCUUCUACUAUCUCCACGUGACCCGACAAACUGGUUGCCGUUGGUCACUCAGACAGAGUACCUAGGACUGGUGAUCUCCUAUGGGCCUUUCGAGCUACAGUCCUUACGUCACCGAGUUGCCAAGGCUAACAACAGACGUUGGGCCAUGGCCUCCAUCCUGCACUCCAGGAAACUCGGGGUUGCCUACAAACUUCGUUUUUGGCGCAGCUGUGUGUUAAGUAUCCUCACUUACGGACUUCAUUGUUGCGGCCUUACGGGGGACAACGUGCAGGAAGCCCAGCGCGCCAUGAUGCGACACGUCCGGGCUGUGGUCUUGAACCAGGCACAUCUGACCGGAGACACUCACGAGUACAUAAGGACUAAGUACGGUAUCCCGUGCUUCGCAGAUCUACUUCGUGGCGCUCAAGAAAGGGAUCGGCAGGCCGCAGCCCAACAACAUGACUGGAUGUGGAGCGAAGACUGGAGCCAACACAUUCGUGACAGGCUGGAGCAGGUCCUGGAGCCGACACACCCGGAGGGGGAGCAAGAAGUUUGGUCGUGCCCCAAAUGUGAGGCCACUUUCGGCACGGCAGCGGCCCUGAAAACACAUGCUCGUCGUACACAUGACAUUCAUGAAGAACACCCUAUUGUUUUCAACAAGGCUGAGCAUGCUUUGGGGGGUCUACCUACGUGCAGCAAGUGUCACAAAAAGUUCUCCAAGUGGCAAACAUUGGCGCAGCACAUCAAUCGCAACAGCUGCCCGAGUAUGAUAGUGCAGCCAAAGCCGGUGGAGGAAACUGAUGCGUUCAUGAACAUGCCUGUGCUCCAUUCCUCAGAAGACACUGCCCGGUUGAUUUGCCAGCGCACGGAGGUGGUUCGAGCUUCAUCCCAAGGCAUCAAUGCCUUCAUACCUUUGUCUGACGUCAGGAUGCUUGCGGAUCCGGACCUCAACGAGUUCUUCGGCGAAGUCUCUCAGGAGCAGUCGCUGAAGCGCCGCAGGCCGACGGAGGACAACAAGGGCCAGGGCAAGGGCCAGGCCACGAAAUACAAGGCGGGCAAAAACGACGAAUUGGUGACUACUUUGGCCAGAUUGGCGCUUCGACAGGAGGAGGAACUACAGGUUCUCAAACAGGACCACUCGUUCAUGAUGUUCAUGAAACCAGGCAGGGACUCCAUCCUCCACUACUUGUACCAGACGGCCACCCUCUUCAAGAAGAAGCAGGCGGAGUCACCAACUUGGGGGGUGGGGUUUCAGCCGGCGCGCCAAGUGCUGGCCCUUGCUCUCUUUCGGGAGCUUGCAAGCCGUCUCGAGACAAUGGAGAAGGACCAGGCCAGGAUCAAGGAGGUCGUAGACAUGGGUUGGGCGACAUCCGAACUAACAUGGAAAUUCCAGGCAUGGAACCCUCAGCUCAGAAUCCUUCAAGAGGACAAGGAUCGCAAGCCGCUCACAACAGUAGAAGUGAAGCACUCCCUCGAAAGGUUGUACGCGGCGGUCAAAACCGGCGUAGUGACGCGAUUCAGUUGCACGCGAAAGCUCACGGAGACCAUGGAGAAUCAGGCCAGCUUCUACUUCGAUCUUUCUUCCAGGGGGGCGGGAAUCGAGGCAUGGGAACACAUGGAGAAGCUAGAGGGCUGCUGCGUUCUACAAUUGGUGGGGCUAGCGUACAAGCGCGCGGGACUACGACGGGGUCCCCUGGCUCAGAAGCUGAGGGAGCUCCUAGGCCAGCGCUGA